AUGCGGUUACAGGGUCUUUCUUCCUUUCUUUUGCACAAGAAUGUCUUUUCCUUUUUCCUCUCUCUUUCGGAGAUACCUGGAUCCGGUCCAGAACAGGUUGCCCGCGGGAGGGCCCGCGAGCGGCGGCGCGCGAGGGAGGGAGAGAGGGAGGGAGGGCGAGACGGAGGGAGGGAGGGAAGGAGGGCGGGCGGCGGCGGCGGCGGUGGCCGGGGCUUCCCUCCCCGGGCGGGCGGGGAGGCGGCUGCCCUGCCUCUGUGGCCGUGGGGAGCCGCGGAGCAGGUAACGAAGGCGCUUCCCGAGGCGGGAUUGGACCCAGCCUUUCAGGUCCCUGUCCAGCGCCCUGGAGGGGAGAGAAGCUUCCCGGCCGGCGGCCGCCCCUACGCCCUCAAGCCGGACGCCUACCCCGGCCGCCGCGCCGACUGCGGCCCGGGCGACGGCCGCAGCUACCCGGACUACAUGUACGGCUCGCCCGGCGAGCUGCGCGACCGCGCCCCGCAGACCCUGCCCUCGCCCGAGGCGGACGCGCUCGCCGGCGGCAAGCACAAAGAGGAGAAGGCCGACCUGGACCCCAGCAACCCCGUGGCCAACUGGAUCCACGCCCGCUCCACGAGGAAGAAGCGCUGCCCCUACACCAAGUACCAGACGCUGGAACUGGAGAAGGAGUUUCUCUUCAAUAUGUAUUUAACCAGGGACCGUCGGUAUGAGGUGGCCCGGGUUCUCAACCUCACCGAGCGGCAGGUCAAAAUCUGGUUUCAAAACCGGAGGAUGAAGAUGAAAAAGAUGAAUAAAGAGAAAACCGACAAGGAGCAAUCCUAA